UGCAGCUCGGCCGCCGCCUCAGGCAGCCGCGCCGUCCGCCCGGCCGGAGCCACCUCGCCGAGCACCGCGGCCGCCGUCCGCCCGUGCCGCGGCCAUGGCGAGCAACAGCCUGGCGUACAACGAGCAGUCCGGAGGGGGAGAGGCGGCGGAGCUCGGGCAGGAGGCGACCUCCACCAUUUCGCCGUCGGGCGCCUUCGGCCUCUUCAGCAGCGACUUGAAGAAGAAUGAAGAUCUAAAACAAAUGUUGGAGAGCAACAAAGAUUCUGCUAAAUUGGAUGCUAUGAAGCGAAUUGUUGGGAUGAUUGCCAAAGGGAAGAACGCAUCGGAAUUGUUCCCUGCCGUUGUGAAGAAUGUGGCCAGUAAAAAUAUUGAGAUCAAGAAGCUGGUGUACGUGUACUUGGUCCGCUACGCCGAGGAGCAGCAGGACCUGGCCCUCCUGUCCAUCAGCACCUUCCAGCGUGCGCUGAAGGACCCGAACCAGCUCAUCCGUGCCAGUGCUCUCAGAGUCCUGUCCAGCAUCAGAGUGCCCAUCAUCGUGCCCAUCAUGAUGCUCGCCAUCAAGGAAGCCUCUGCCGACCUGUCACCCUACGUCAGGAAGAACGCGGCCCAUGCCAUCCAGAAGCUGUACAGUCUUGAUCCAGAGCAGAAGGAAAUGUUAAUUGAAGUAAUUGAAAAGCUUUUGAGAGAUAAAAGCACACUGGUGGCCGGCAGCGUGGUGAUGGCAUUUGAAGAAGUAUGCCCAGAAAGAAUAGAUCUGAUCCACAAGAAUUACCGCAAGCUCUGCAAUUUACUGGUGGAUGUGGAAGAGUGGGGGCAGGUCGUAAUCAUCCACAUGCUGACGCGAUACGCCCGGACACAGUUUGUCAGUCCUUGGAAAGAGGAUGAUGGUCCUGAAGACAGUGAGAAAUUUUAUGACUCUGAUGAUGAGCACAAAGAAGGGGCCGGGAAGGGGAAGAAAGCUUACGCCAUGGAUCCAGACCACAGGCUGCUGAUUCGGAACACGAAGCCUUUGCUGCAGAGCAGAAACGCCGCGGUGGUCAUGGCCGUGGCUCAGCUGUAUUGGCACAUUUCGCCCAAAGCUGAGGCUGGUGUGAUUUCUAAGUCUCUGGUGCGUUUACUUCGUAGCAAUAGGGAGGUGCAAUACAUUGUCCUGCAAAAUAUAGCAACUAUGUCAAUUCAAAGAAAGGGUAUGUUUGAGCCGUAUCUGAAGAGUUUCUACGUUAGAUCCACGGACCCGACCAUGAUCAAAACCCUGAAGCUGGAAAUUUUAACGAACUUGGCAAAUGAAGCCAACAUAUCAACUCUGCUUCGAGAAUUCCAGACCUACGUCAAAAGCCAGGACAAGCAGUUUGCUGCAGCCACCAUCCAGACUGUGGGCAGAUGCGCCACCAGCAUCUCCGAGGUCGCCGACUCCUGCCUCAAUGGCCUGGUCUGUCUCCUCUCCAGCAGGGACGAAAUCGUUGUUGCUGAAAGUGUGGUUGUUAUAAAGAAAUUAUUGCAAAUGCAGCCUGCACAACAUGGCGGGAUCGUUCAGCACAUGGCCAAGCUGUUGGACAGCAUCACUGUUCCUGUGGCCAGAGCAAGUAUUUUGUGGCUAAUUGGAGAAAAUUGUGAGCGAGUUCCCAAAAUUGCCCCUGAUGUUUUGAGGAAGAUGGCUAAAAGCUUCACUACUGAGGAUGAUCUGGUAAAACUGCAAAUUUUGAAUCUGGGAGCAAAAUUGUAUUUAACCAACUCAAAGCAGACGAAAUUGCUUACCCAGUACAUAUUAAAUCUCGGCAAGUAUGAUCAAAACUAUGACAUCAGAGACCGCACAAGAUUUAUUAGGCAGCUUAUUGUUCCGAACGAGAAGAGUGGAGCUUUAAGCAAAUAUGCUAAAAAAAUAUUCCUAGCUCAAAAACCUGCCCCACUGCUUGAAUCUCCUUUUAAAGAUAGAGAUCAUUUCCAGCUUGGCACCUUAUCUCAUACUCUCAACACUAAAGCUACAGGGUACCUGGAAUUAUCCAAUUGGCCGGAAGUGGCACCCGAUCCAUCGGUUCGCAAUGUAGAAAUAAUAGAGUUGGCAAAAGAAUGGACCCCAGCAGGAAAAACAAAGAAAGAAAAUCCUGCGAAGAAAUUUUAUUCUGAGUCUGAAGAGGAAGAGGAUUCUUCGGAUAGCAGCGAAGACAGCGGUAAGUCCCAGACCUUGCAUGCUGUGGAGAGCGCAGACAGCGAGAGCGAGUCCGGGAGUGAAAGUGAGGAGGCAGGGGACAGCAGUGAGGACAGCGGACAGAGCUCCAGCAGCGAGCAGGAGGGCGAGCGUGCCGGCCAGCCGCAGGCGGGGAGCAGGACAGCCAGGAAGGGCUUUUCAACCAAAGCAGACAGUGAUUCUGAAGAUGAGGAGAAAGAAAAUGAAAAAUCUAAUUCUUCAGAUUCCUCCAGUGCUAACUCCAGCUCAGCUGAAGGAAGUUCUUCAGAUUCGGAGUCAGAAUCCGAGUGCGACAGUGGAUCUGAGUCCAGGAGAGCGACCAAGGUGAGAGUGAGAAGACCAAAGCAAGGUGGAAGUGCUCUUCCCAAAGAUGUCUCGCUUCUAGAUCUAGAUGACUUUAACUCGGUAUCCACUCCGGUUGUACUUCCCACACCAGUUCUUUCUCCGAGCCUGAGAGCUGAUCUUGAAGGUUUAAAUUUGUCAACAUCUUCCUCAGUCAUCAACGUCAGCUCUCCUGUCUUUGUGCCAGUGAAAACUCAUAUGCUGCUUCACCGGAUGAGUGGGAAAGGACUGGCGGCCCAUUACUCCUUUCCCAGGCAGCCUUGCCUCUUUGGUGCUAAGAUGGUCUCUGUUCAGAUAACACUGGAUAAUACUACUGACCAGAAGAUCGAGAAUAUCCACAUCGGGGAAAGAAAUCUCCCUGCUGGCGUGCAGAUGCAUGUUUUCAACCCCAUAGCCUCUCUGGAGCCCCAGGGAUCCGUCACUGUCUCCAUGGGCAUCGACUUCUGCGACUCCACCCACACCGCCAGUUUCCAGUUGUGUACCAAAGAUGAUUGCUUCAGUGUUAAUAUUCAGCCACCUGUUGGAGAGCUGCUUUUGCCUGUGGCCAUGUCAGAGAAGGAUUUUAAGAAAGAGCAAGGGUUGCUCACAGGAAUGAACGAGACCUCGGCCCUUGUGGUGGCUGCGCCCCAGAACUUCACCCCCUCUGUGAUUCUGCAGAAGGUUGUGAACGUGGCCAACGUGGGUGCGGUUCCUUCCGGCCAGGAUCACCUGCACAGGUUUGCAGCUAAAACUGUGCACAGUGGGUCACUGAUGCUAGUCACGGUGGAACUGAAGGAAGGCUCCACGGCCCAGCUUAUCAUAAACACGGAGAAGACGGUGAUUGGCUCCGUGCUGCUGCGGGAGCUGAAGCCCGUGCUGUCCCAGGGGUAACCUGCUUACAUCUGGACCUGAGGAUCUGGCACACGGCGAAGGGCCUGGCAUCCACCACUGCUGCCUUUCAUUUACAAUAAUAGCCCUUCCAUCUGGCAGUGGGGGGAUGCACUCCUGACACCCCGGCUCCCACUGUCCAAUGCUUGUGCCUCCCCCACCUCGCUUUGCUAACCAAAGAACAUAGAUCUGUCAGUUAUCUCAGCUCCUCAGUCUGCGGGCCGCUCUCUCUGCCCUGCUCCUUCUUCUGGCCCCUUUCUCUUCCUCCCCUCUCUUCUGAUGAUGAUGGACAUGAAUGGGAUGCUGAAAUUUCCCUGGAAAUCAUCUUCCCUUCAGCAGGAAGCAGAAAUUAGCAGAGUCCCACUGCCUUGUUGGUAUGUGAAGAUGAGGUCGCACACCCUGUAGAAUUAAAGGCACAAACUUGGUCUCUGCAAAAUUUAGUUCUCUGAAUUGCCUAGUCUUCUAAUUGCUUAUUGAUAACUGCCAUCAUGAAAUUGUUUCUGAACAAUAAGAUGAAUAAAUGAGCAUAUGAAUAA